GUCAGGGAGGAUCAGCUGGAACUUUUCCUUAAUUACGGCGGGACGAGUGAGGUAACACCCUGGCCCACAUGUGUAGUGGCUCCUCAUGCACGUUUAUUUCUCAUUACACAGCAGUGGAACCAGGCGGGUUCCAGGUGAUGAUGGUAAACGGUGUUUUCUUUUAGGGGACGGGGGAGGUGUCAGCUCGACUCAGUCAUGCAGGGAGCAGGUUAAAGACAGCUCUACGCUUCACCCACGACGGCACAGGACUCACGCUCUAGUCAGCGGGGAGGAAGAGCCGAGAUUUGUAGGGUCCGCCUGGAAAAUGGCGCCAGUGCCUUCCUCUUCCGUCCCAUUGGCUGCACCCCGUCACAUGACCACACCCAGCUGCAAGGGAGGCUGGGAAACAGUCUGCCCAUGCGUGGGGGUUGGGGAUGGGGGCAGAGGAACAAAACAGAUUCGGGGGAACGGGAGUAGUUCCUGGCACCCUCUCCUUCAUACUUUUAUUUUUAGCCGUCCUGAUGCAGCAUCGUUUGGGGGAGUGUUGACCCAGAGAUCCGGAGGCUUGACUGUAGGAAAAGGCCAAGUUCAAUAUGCAGCUGCCAGCAUUUUGCUCCAGCAAACUACAUCUCUGAAGAAUUACAGCGCGCCACAGAGGAACGUAACCUCUGCAAUCAGCCAGCCCGGGGUGCAGACCCCGGCUCUGCCUUUCGGAGUUGUGUAACUGAGACCAAAUUACGCCGGGCCUCAGUUUCCUGCUUUGCAAAGUGUUGUUUAACAUUAAAUAAACGUGGAAUUUAAGGAUAUUUUUAUAUAAAAUAAACUUCAGAGUGUUUUUUUGGAGGAUUAAGUAAGCUAAUACAUGUAAAGGGCACAGAACAAUGCCCACUGUGUAGCAAAUGCUAUAAAAAGGAUGGCUUUUUGUGUUGUUAUAGUUAAUCCUUUUUUUCAAACUUUAUUUGUUUAGAGAGAGAGAGAGAGAGAGAGAGCACUUGCACACCCGCAU